AUGAACUACCUGCGCCGGCGUCUCUCUGACAGCACCUUCAUCUCCAACCUGCCCAAUGGCUACAUGACGGACCUCCAGAGGCCUGAUCCCGCUCAGCCGACUCCCCCAGCUACAGCAGCCCCACCCAAAUCCCCCACGGUGGGGUCGACGCCGCCCGUCACCUCCCCUACCCCCUCCCCGGCCCCGGAGAGGAAACCCCAGCCGUCCCAGUCCAGCGGGGCAGGCUUCUUCAGCUCCAUAACCAACGUAGUCAAGCAGACUGCUGCCUCAGCAGGACUGGUGGAGCAGUCCGCGGUCACGACACCCAAGAAGUUCAAGAUCCUCCUGGUCAUCGAUGAACCACAGCAGGAAUGGGCCAAACUCUUCAGAGGGAAGAAAGUGCAUGGGGAUUAUGACAUCAAAGUCGAACAGGCUGAGUUCAGUGAGAUCAACGUCAUAGCUCAUGCCAAUGGGAGCUGUAAUGUGGACAUGCAGGUUCUGAGAAAUGGUACCAAGGUGGCCAGGUCAUUCAAGCCGGACUUUGUCCUUAUCCGCCAACAUGCCUUCAGUAUGACCCAGAAUGAGGACUUCCGUAACCUGAUCAUUGGUCUGCAGUAUGGGGGCAUCCCCAGUAUCAACUCCCUGGAGUCCAUCUACAACCUGUGUGACAAGCCCUGGGCGUUUGCACAGCUAAUAAGCACCUACAGGAAGCUUGGUGCAGAGAAGUUCCCUCUGAUUGAACAGACCUUCUAUCCCAACUACAAGGAUAUGGUUGCCAUGCCAACAUUUCCUGUCGUGGUGAAAAUUGGACACGCUCACUCAGGAGUAGGAAAGGUGAGGGUGGAUAACCACAGUAAAUUCCAGGACAUUGCCAGUGUGGUGGCUCUUACCCAAACCUACACCACCACCGAGCCCCUCAUCGACUCCAAGUACGACAUCAGGAUCCAGAAGAUUGGCAAUGACUACAAAGCUUACAUGAGGACCUCGAUCUCUGGCAACUGGAAGACCAACAUAGGCUCAGCCAUGCUGGAACAAGUGGCCAUGACUGACAGGUACAAGCUGUGGGUUGACACCUGCUCAGUGAUCUUCGGAGGGUUGGAUAUCUGUGCUGUCAAAGCCAUUCAUGGGAAGGAUGGCAAAGACUACAUCACUGAGGUGGUGGGGUCCUCCAUGCCACUGGUAGGAGAGCACCAGGCAGAGGACAGGCAGCUCAUCACUGACAUGGUGGUAGCCAAGAUGAACCAGGCAGUAGGACGGACACCCACUGGGUCCCCUAACAGACCCACCACCAUGCAGCCAUCACAGAGUGGUGGCCAGAAGGACCUUGUGGUUGAUCCCAAGACUGGCACUCCACACCCUCCUCAAGGUUGUCUGCAGUACAUUCUCGACUGUAAUGGCGUUGCAGUGGGGCCUAAACCCGUCCAGGCCAACUGA